GGGUAUCCACCAGGAGGGGGGCGGAGUUGGGUGUUGUCUCCGAGCUGAAGUCCGAAUUCCCAGUCGAGGCUCAAUCUCAUUACACAGAAACCUCCCCUGAAUACGUAGCACGAGCGGAGCGCCAUGGGAGUCGAAGGCUGCACUAAAUGCAUCAAGUACCUGCUUUUCUUCUUCAACUUCAUCUUCUGGCUCGCCGGAGGUGUCAUCCUGGGCGUGGCCCUGUGGUUGAGACAUGAACCUCAGACCAGCAGCUUGCUGGAGCUGCAGCUGGAUGGAGCCCAGGCCCCCAGCACCUUCUACAUCAGCGUCCACAUCCUGAUUGCUGUCGGCUCAGUGAUGAUGGUGGUCGGCUUCCUCGGAUGCUACGGCGCCAUCCAAGAGUCCCAGUGUCUUCUGGGAACUUUCUUCACCUGCCUGGUCAUCCUGUUUGCCUGCGAGGUUGCAGCUGGAAUCUGGGGCUUCAUGCACAAAGACACUGUGUCGACGGAGAUUAUCAACUUCUACGACACUGUGUACAGCAAGGCCAUUAACGAAGUCGUCCCCGUCGAGCCAAAACAGGGGCCGACUGCCACCACCGUGCUCAAGGUCUUCCACGAGACGCUGCGCUGCUGCGGGUCAGGCCAGGUGACGUCCGUCCUCACGCAGAUCGCUGACCGAGUUGGCAUCACUGACAUCUGCCCCAGCAGCGGGGUGUCAGUUAAUUGCCACACGAGGAUUAAGGAGUUGUUCACAGAUAAGAUCUACCUGAUUGGUAUCGCCGCCCUAGUGGUUGCAGUUAUUAUGAUCUUCGAGAUGAUCUUCAGCAUGGUGCUGUGCUGUGGCAUUCGCAACAGCCCGGUGUACUAAAGCGACAGGCUGACCACCGCGCGCUCUCCUCUCGCUCGCUCAUUUCUUCUUUUCUAAAAAGCAGGAAAAGUCACAUAUAUUGCUUUGACAAGACCACGUAGUCCACCCUCCAUUGAGCAUUUCCACUGUCUUUUUCUUUGUUAGUCCCAGAUGCUGUUAGGCAUAUCUGACUGGUGCCAUCCUAACCUUGAUAUGUAGACGUUAUAUCCCGCUGUCACACGUGCAUGACGUCCACCGCUUCCACACCGAUGAACAUGUUGUCAUAUUCCUGGUUUUAAGGGAUGGUUUUUUCACUGUUUCAUGUAUAAACUGUAUAUAAAUAUAUAUUAACAGUGCUUUAUAACUGCCAAAGCAUGGAAAUUGCAUUGCAGCAGAUCCUUCUCCUGUAUCCUUCCUGCACGCUCUGCUUUGUCUCUCUUGCUCUAGACUAAAAACCAGAUGAUUGUUUGCGUGAGCCACUCUAGUAGUGGAGCACUAGUUGUAAAGCUCAUUUGAAGCUCCGUCUUCACCGACUGAAGAAGAAAUCCCAGUCACUCUUGGGAGCUGGAACCAAAGUUAAAGUGACCCAAUGUCUUGUCCUUUUGGCCCCGGGGAGUCGUGUGUGUGGCUGCUCGUUUUUAAUUGUGGGUCAAGAAAUGAUGUUGAGUGACCAGCAGUGUAGAGACCUGGUUCCAGUCGUGUGAGGCCCAAGCCCCCAGCGCAGGCCAGAGAAGGCGGUCCGACCCCUGGUGGUUUACACACAGUGUUUAGCGGGCUUCCUUAUUUUGCUUCGCUGUCGGUUUGUAUGCAACCGCCCAAAAAGAUAAACCCUGGUGCAGAUGGUAUACGGAGGCCCACAACUGCCAGAACAUACCGAGCUGAGAUUCCAGGAAGUCACCACACUGUGAGAAGAAGUAGUUUCAGCAUGCAGCUCCCCUCCGUGAUAACCAGCGUACCAAGCUGUACUAAUACGCCUUAUCAUCCCCAGCCUGCUCCCUUUAACGCCGCCUUGUGAUGCUGGUUCUGGCACAGUCACAUAACAGCCAGUCUAACCUGCCUGCUGAAGAUCAGCCAAUCAGAUCGCUCCCACCUGGUCAAAUUUCUUUAGUCCUGAGGACUGUUCCCACGGGCGCUCACACAUUGAACCAUAUCGAGUGGUGUAACCUCUGCUAUGGAUCAUCACGGCUUCUGAAAACCCCUCGUCUUGUCAACAACACCUACUUAAAACAUUAAUACAAAAAUGUGUCUUGUAAUAGUUACAGUUCUGACGUACUAACAAAAAUCCUGAAGGCUGUAGAAAGAAAAAUGAAUGCCUUUUUUUCUUGUAUUGUGCGUUUGGUACGUGGUCAAAGGGGAAAGGAAGGGUGGAAAUCGGUGGAAGUGGGUGCUGAGGAGAAGGAUAAAGACAACAGCCACAAUGACGAGGUGUUUCUCUGACGGUGCGACCCUCAAGACCCACUUCCACCUCAACCCUUCUCUACUCCUUGUGGACUUCUGUUUGCCCACAUGUAAAGGGAUUAAAUGUAUUUUACAAAUAAAACAUUCUUGUCUUGCG